AUGUGCUUUUAUAACAAAGGUGAAGAAAAAUAUCUAGAACUGGCUGAAGAAUACAACCGGGAAUCGUGUCAAAUAAUAAAUUCUCAAUAUCGACAAGCUGCUGCUUCGGCACCGCUUUUUACUUCUCCUCCGACUUGUUACUAUUGGAACACUUUCAGAGAUAAAUCAUGCAGAGGAUACAAAAUAUAUGACAGGACAGGAGCAAAUUACAAGUGCUAUCCUGGAUUCAAUGGACCCGAUUGCAAUGAUAUCACAGUAUUGAAUCCGGAGUUCGAAGUCAUAAGCUCAGGUUUCAUGAAUUUUACAAUUAAACUAAAAUCCUUAAAUCCAAGUGGAACAACAGCAAAUUAUAUGUCAAUCCAAUACGAAUAUAACUAUAAACCUAUUAGUGAUGUCAUACCAAUAACAAAUUAUCAAAAUCCUAUAUCGAUACCAAGUAAUAUAGCACGCGACCAUCUAAUUCUUAGGCAUGAUAUUUCGAUAGGAGUUCUAAUUUAUGUCAAUGGAAUUGAUGAAUAUGCGAAUCCUCAACAUGUUGGACUGAAACCUACUUGCACUACACCAGCAGCACCAGACCCCGUUCAAGAUUUAGAAGUAUAUUCUAGUGAAAAUGACAGUAUUUCGUUACGAUGGAAACCACCAAAUCCAGUAAAUGGAAUUUUGCAAUAUUAUGCAGUAGAUUAUAAUGCCAAACACGAUAGAUCCGUAUUGUCACAAAACAAUACUAAACAGGGUUGUUUAUUAUAUGAUGGUUACAUUUGCCAUACGAUAUCAACUUUGCAAGCAAACAAAGAAUAUCAAAUAUCUAAUCCAAAGAAAGGAAAUCCUGCAACUGUUAGAGCUAAAACUGUGCAAAACCGUCCAAGUGAGCCAAGAAAUCUCCGUAAAGACGAGAAGAAUGAAAUGUUGAUCCACUGGAAUCAUCCUUGGAAACCAUUAGGAAAGAUACAGUCGUUCCAUAUAAAAGUAACACUUACAUCCACAAAUCUUAGAAACAAUACUUUUGCGGAAACCCAAUACGAGUACAAAAUCGAUGAAGACAUGCCAGAAUACCAAUAUUUGCUCAGUGGAUUAGCAAGUGCCAGCACCUACUCGGUGAAAAUAAUAUCACAUAACAAACAACCAGGAAGAUUUUCUUCGGUUUAUGUUACGACUUCGGUUGUGAAACCAGAAAUAACAGGAGAAAUUUUUACCAUAAAAUCUGGUCGCAGUCAGAUGUCAGUAACGAUACCACCAGGGAAUGAAAAUGUUACAAAAUCCAGUGGCGUUUUUAUAAUAGUUAGUGAACAUGAUCCUAAAGAACUCGUCGGAGCCAAAAAUUUAGCAUUUUAUAAAUUAAAGGAGCAACAUGGGGAGUUUCUUCCAUAUUUAAGACAAGACAAUACAGUAUCCUGGAUUGCUAAACAUCUUGAUGAGAUUCCAAAUAAAAAUAAAACAGUUAUAAUCGGAUCCAACACAACAAAUGGUGAUAUCUGGGAUGCAGAAUUAUUUCUCGAAUCGGAAUAUACAAUUACGUUGAUUUAUUAUAAUAAAUUGGGUAAUGAGAUGAAAUAUACAAUAUUGUCAAACAGCACUAUAAAUGAUGAAGAAACCAGCUCCCAUUUAUGGGCUUUGAUUUUUCUCUUAAUAAUACCAGUGGUAGUGUACGUCUUGUACAAAAGAUACCAUAAAAAGCUGUCCACAAUAAAACUCCCAUUUGUUAAUACAUCUGCAGAAAAUGAAUUGCAAAUGAUUCCCAAACCAGUACAAGAAAGUCUACCAGGUCAACUGAGGGCAGUUAUCCUACCGCAAAGACCAAGUCCAAAACCAAAUAAACCAAAUAUUGCUGCCAAACCUAUUUCAAAUAACAAAAUGAUGGUUAAGGGUUCUAAUAAACCAUUCGUUAAUGUUGGUACCAAACCUUCUGCUCCAAGUAACAAAAUGAUGGCCCAGAAUUCGAGUAAACCAUUGGUUGAUGUUGCUAGCAAACCUUCUGUUCCAAGUAACAAAAUUGUGUUUAAGGGACCAAUUAGUCGUCCUGUAGACGUUGAAGAUUUUGAACAUUAUGUCAAAGAGUCGUUGGCUAAUAGGGAGUUGGAAAUGCAGCAUAAGAUGUUUAAGAGAGGAAUGCAGAAAGAGUUUGGAUACGGCAUACAUGAUGCCAACAAAAUUAAAAACCGAUACUUAAAUUUAAUAGCUUAUGAUAGUUCCAGAGUUGUUUUGAAGAAGUUGCCUAAUGACAAAUAUUCUGAUUAUAUAAAUGCAAACUACGUUGACGGAUUUCUACGUCCAAAAGAAUAUAUAGCAACCCAAGGACCAAAACAGCAAACCGUAAACGACUUUUGGAGAAUGGUUUGGCAAGAGCAAGUUAAUGCCAUUUGCAUGUUGACUAAUAUCAAAGAAGCAGAUAAAAUAAAGUGUCACCAGUACUGGCCCGAGCUAGAAGGUUCUGAAGAAUCUUAUGGAGAUAUCCAAGUCGAACAUCGAAGUUCCAGGAUUUAUGCAGAUUUUGUCUACAGAACGUUGAACAUCACUAAUGGAUCAGAGAUUGAGCAUUUGCACUUUACAGCUUGGCCUGAUCAUGGAGUUCCACUUUAUCCAGAAGCUCUGGUUCCUUUUAUUAAUAAAAUGCAAAGUAUACAAUCUGAUCAAACGCCAACUAUUGUACAUUGUAGUGCCGGAGUUGGCAGAACAGGAACUAUAAUUUUAGCAGACAUUUGCAUCAAAAUGGCACGUGCAACAGGCAAAGUAGACAUCCUUUAUUACCAGAACAAGAUACGGGAACAAAGAGCAAAUCUUGUGGACAGCAGUGACCAAUACAAAUUGGUGCACAUGGUCGUUCUAGAAAGUUUACUUGGUGAACCUACGAGCAUCCCUUGCGAAAAUUUGAAAUCAGCAGUUGCUGAAAUGAAGAGGAACAAUACUUUGUUCGAUAACUGGAUUAAAUUGGACAAAGUUGCUUGGAAGGAUGAUUAUUUGAAAUGUGCUGACAACAAACCUUCGGAGGAAGAUCUUAAUAGGAAGGAGAAUAGGAACAAAAUUGUAUCAGGUACCAGGGGUCGUGUGUUCCUAUCAAGGUUUCCCUUAUCCGAUGCAAAUUCCGAUUACAUCAAUGCAGUUUUUGUGGACGGUUUUAGAAUCAAAGAUCAAUUCAUCGUGACACACUUUCCUUUGCACCAUACUGUCUCAGAUUUUUGGAGAAUGAUAUCAGACAAAGAAAUCUCUUUAGUGGGCGUACUCAACAAAAUAGACACCAGCGAUGAGAGUGUUCCAGAUUUUAUCCCAAAUGAAACCAAUGAGAUUUUGUCACCAAUACCACAGUUGACCAUAAGGUACAAAAACAAAUUCGAGACUGAAUAUUGUUUUAUAAUCACUGUGGACUUCAAAGACACUACAAAGAGCAAGGAAGUAAACAAAGUCGUGACCAUAGUGCAAAUAAAAAAUUGGGACAAGGACAAAGUUCUGCCUACAGCUCCUGGUGAAAAUUUAGAUUGUCUUCCAACUUUUUGGGAACAAUUGCAAAAACUGACUUGUGGUGAUGCUAAAAUACUUCUAACGUGCUUUGAUGGAGCUACUGCCUGUGGUCUUUUUGUAGCAAUGGUGUUCAGUAUUGAGAAGUUGAAAUUGGAACAGGAGUGUGAUGUGCCUUUGGCAAUUCGUACCAUUAGGAAAAAUAGGAAGGAAUUUGUGAGGAACCAGGUAGAUAGAAUUGAAUUUUUUUUAGAGCAGUGUUUUCCAAAAUGGGGUCUCUGA